AAGUGAUCUUCCACAGUUUCCUGACAGAUUCUCCAGCAGAUCUCACAGUCAUGGAGCUGUCUGAAGCUGAGUCGCGCAUGCGCGCAGAUGAGCUGUAGAUCUGACGCCGCUCACUUCCGCUCAACAUGGCGGCGCAGCGCAGGAGUCUGAUGCAAAGCCAUCAGAGCUGGACGGACGAUCUUCCUCUGUGUCAGCUGUGCGGCGUCGGUUCGGCCCCAAACUGCACGUACGGCCCUGACGGGAAAGGGACCCAGAGCCACCCGAACGAAGACGGACACUUCCGCUUCAGCACGGAGUGCUGCUUCCUCUACGGGGUGUUCAACGGGUACGACGGCAGCCGCGUGGCCAGUUUCGUGUCUCAGUGUCUGACGGCGGAGCUCUUGCUGGGUCAGCUGAGCGCCGGACACACGGACGCAGACGUGCGCAGAAUCCUGUCGCAGGCGUUUGAUGUUGUGGAGAAGAGCUACUUUGAGACCAUUGAUGAUGCUCUCGCUGAGAAGGCCAAUCUGCAAACACAGCUUCCUGAGGGCGUCUAUCUGUCAGCGCAGACGCAGAAGAUGGCGGAGCGGCUGAAGGCUUUAGAGCAGGAGGUUUCAGGUGGAGCCACUGCGAUAGUCGCUCUGAUUCUCAAUAAUAAGCUCUACAUCGCUAACGUCGGUACCAAUCGGGCUCUUCUCUGUAAGACCACUGCUGACGGUCAGAACCAGGUGAUCCAGAUUGGCCGAGCGCACACAACCGACAACGAGGAUGAGCUGACCAGACUCGCCCAGCUGGGUCUGGAUCCGGUGCGUCUGAGGCAGACCGGACUGAUCUCGGGUCAGAGCAGCACUCGACGGAUCGGAGACUACAAAGUCAAAUUCAACUACACAGACAUCGAUGUGCUCAGUGCAGCAAAGCAUAAGCCAAUCAUCUCCGAGCCUGAGAUCCACGGCGGCCAAUCGCUGGAGGGCGUGACAGGCUUCCUGUUACUGAUGUCCGAGGGGCUUAUUAAAGCCCUGGAGUCGGCACACGGACCCGAGCAGGUCAACCAGGAGAUCGUUGCCAUGGUAGCAGCGGAGUUGGCUCUGCAGUGCAAUCUAGAGGCUGCGGCGCAGUCGGUGGUGGAGCGCGUCAAACGUCUUCAUCAUGACGUGUACGUCAGCGGCAGACAGAGGGCGCCCCACUGCGCGAGACAUGAAGACAUGACGCUGCUGAUCAGAGUCAUUAACUACCCGCUGGCGGACGGAUCACUCACUCCCACACAAGGAGGACGGAUCUACCCGGUGUCUGUGCCGUACUCCAACCAUCAGAGCACCAGUAAGACCAGCGUCAUGCUGUCUCUCGUCAUGCCGGCUCAGGGAACACUGACCAACGGCUCCAACACUGCGUCCACACUGGAGGGAGACACACCCACUGCUGGUCAGAGUCCCACGGCGACGCUGCAGUCGACCAACACGCACACGCAGAGCUCCAGCUCCAGCUCCGGAGACGGCAGUCUGUUCCGGCAGAGAGGCAGCCAGGCGGCUCAGCCCGACGAGACCGGACGCGUGCCGCCCUACGUGGACUUCAGCCAGUUCUACCGGCUCUGGGGAAUGGACCACAGCGACGGCCAGGGUCUGUCCGGAGAGAUGGGACCGCAGUGACGUGUGCAGUACGUGAGCACUGGACUCGAGUCAGCAUGUUGCUCUUGGUCCAGUUAAAGGAUGAUUUUGGAUUAGUCGAAGAGCACGACUGACUGUAUCAAAGGGAACAAAGCAUCACAAAGUGUCACAGGAGACAUUGAUUGUGUUCAUUCGCAGUGACGUUUAUGUUGUUAUUAUUACUUGUCCUUGAGUUUUAUAACAGUUCACAUUUUUUCUUUUUCUGCUUCUGUGAAGUCUGACGUCUGUUUUCGGUGAGAUCAGCGAGUCUCCUGCAUGUGUGUGUGUGUGUUUUCUGUGUUCUUUGAGUUUUAGUACCUUCCUAUAAUAAACAGUAGAGGCUCUUAUUA